AUGAGCUACAACAAUCCGUAUGAAAACGACAAUCCGUACGCGGAAAACUACCAAAUGCAAGAUGGGGUGGCGACGUCGGGUGCGGGCGAAGAUUUCGUGACGUUUAUGCACGGUAUCAAUGAGAUUAACAGAGAAUUGGACGACUACACACAAAUCAUCAACCAGAUUGAUGCUCACCAAAAGAGGCUAUUGACGGAGGUAAACGAAGACCAGGAACUUGCGCUGAGACAACAGCUCGAUGGGCUAGUCUCCCGUGCCUCAGACCUUCAAUACCAGUUGAAGUCCAAGAUAAAGACCGCGCAGCAACAAGGUGCUACGGACUCGAGCAAGCAGGCGCAGGCUGAGAACUCAAGGCAACGGUUUUUAAAGCUCAUCCAGGACUACAGAAUCAUCGAGGCCAACUACAAGGAAGAGAACAAGGACCAGGCCAAGAGGCAGUACAAAAUUAUCCAACCCGAGGCUACUGACGAUGAGGUUGAGGCAGCAAUUAGCGACGUAGGCGGACAGCAAAUCUUCUCACAGGCUCUUUUGAAUGCCAAUAGACGUGGCGAGGCCAAGACGGCAUUAGCAGAGGUUCAAGCCAGACACCAGGAAUUGUUGAAGUUAGAGAAGACAAUGGCUGAGUUGACGCAGCUGUUCAACGACAUGGAGCAACUCGUUAUUGAGCAACAAGAAAACAUCGAAGUCAUCGAUAAGAAUGUGGAAGAUGCCCAACAGGACGUCGAACAAGGUGUGGGACACACGAACAAGGCCGUGAAAAGCGCCAGGAGAGCGAGAAGAAACAAGAUAAGAUGCAUAAUUAUUUUAGCCAUCGUGUUUGCCAUCGUUGUUGUUGUCGUUGUUGUCCCUUCGGUUGUGGAGACCAGACAUUGA